CUUCACUACACCUCUCAUAUUUCUUUCAUUAUUUACAAAUCAAAACAAUGAAAGAUCAGUUCCAUGAAUUAACCUUUGAGGAAUUUCUUGAGGAGAUAACAAGGCAAGAACAAUUUUUUUUUCAAAAAAAGGCUGCUGAGAAUGAGAAAUCUUAUGUUACUGAACUCUAUUUUACAGACAAAUUCUCGACUAAAUUAAAAAUGGCUCCAAUCACAGUUGGUGACGUCAUCCCAGAUGGUACUGUAUCUUACUUCGAUGAGCAAGAUCAGAUGCAGAGCGUUUCAGUGCACUCACUUGCUAAGGGCAAGAAAGUCAUUCUCUUCGCCGUUCCUGGUGCUUUCACUCCCACUUGCAGCACUAAGCAUGUGCCUGGGUUUAUUGAGAAGGCUGAUGAGUUGAAGUCAAAGGGCGUGGAUGAAAUCCUCUGCAUCAGUGUCAAUGACCCCUUUGUGAUGAAGGCCUGGGCAAAAACUUACCCCAAGAACAAACAUGUAAAAUUCCUUGCUGAUGAAGCUGGAAAGUACACCCAUUCCCUGGGGAUGGAGCUUGAUCUGUCGGAAAAGGGGCUUGGCGUUCGAUCACGAAGCUAUGCUCUUUUGGUUGAUGACCUUAAGGUGAAAGUUGCUAACAUUGAAAUCCUCAAGGCUCUUUAAGUUUGUUACUGCCUCCGACGUGUUCUGUCUCUAUACUGAACUUCUGGAAUGUAUGCCAAUAAUGUUUUUGGUGUUAUAUUUACUCACUUCUGUUCCGUAAAAAAAAAAAAAAAAAAAAACUCUAUUUUACAGAAAACCUUGAGUCUUCCAUAAAACACCCUUUUCCUCCAAUGCCAAAAAAUGCUAAUAAAGCAUCCAUUUCAGAAACUAAAUUUGAGAAAAUUAGUUUCAGUGAGAAGCUCCCAAAUGAUGAUAUUGCUCUGCAGGUGAAUGAGAUGCAAAUAGGGAAAGGAGGAAAAGAAUCCAAGAAUUACAAGGAAGAUGGUGGGAAUGUUGCUGCUUAGAACAGUUUAGAAUAACUGUAAAAAAUAUGCAGCUGUAAAAUAAAUAAAGUCAAAACUCUAGGAGUACUUAUAAUGGAGUCUAUGUGAUGCAUGUCUGUAUCUAUGACUUCAUAAAUUAAAUAAACGUAAUAUCAUCUUAUGAUGUCUUGCUUGGAUAA